CAGUAGGUGAUGUAUUGUAAUGAAACUAGACGCGAAGAAACUAGGGAAUGUAUUUUUAUUUUUAAAGUAGUAUAGUUUUCGUUAUCGUAUGUAAUUUCAUAUUUAAAAUGAGUGGUCAAAAGAAGGUGAAGAGGACGAAAACACAGGGUGAUGAAAAGAAUACUUCGAAUUCUGCAGCAAGCCUUCAGGUUCCAGUUGUUGAUAGUUUUUUGUUGGAGGAAGAAGAGGCUGAAAAAGGUGAUGCUCUUCAGGAGCUAAACAUGUUUAAGAAUAAGUGUGGUGAAAUUAGAGAACAUGCCAAAGAAAUCGUAAAACUAAAGAAAACGAAGGAGUCAGAGGAAGAACUGGCUAAACACAGAAUUCUUGCAUCCAUUCUUUUUACUGACUUGAAAAAGUUGAAUCGCCUUGACAAACACCGAUGUAAAAAUGCUCGUGAUGCAGUGAAUGAGGUGAAACAAAAAGUGGAUAACUUUCACCUCCAGCUACAAAACCUGAUGUAUGAAGUGAUGCAUCUUCAGAAAGAGGUCACCAAGUGUUUGGAGUUCAGAUCCAAAGAUGAAGAAAUAGACCUUGUACCAGAAAAGGAAUUCUUUUCAGAAGCUCCGGAGGCAAUCACCAAGCCCUUAAUGUCAGUACAGGAAGAAAGCAGCAAAGAAAAGCACAGAUUGACCUUAGCACGUCUUGAGUGGGAGCUUGAGCAGAGAAAAAGGCUUGCUGAAAAGUUGAAGGAGACAGAAAACAUGAAACAGAUUUAUCAACAAGAAAUAGAAAAGAAAAAAGAAUGCCUUGAUAACCUCAAACCACGGUUGAAAACUAUCUUGGAGGCAACAGAACCACUCCACGAAGAGCUUGGUAUACCACUUCAGGCCACACAGCUUCACCAUAAAGGAACAGAACUGUUGUCUCGUCCCCUCUACGUGUUAUACGUACAAGCAUUUGCGUACAAAGAAGUUUAUGAUAAGCAGUUAGAGGUUAAGAUGGAAGGUAAUGUGGAGGAAGCAAGAGCUUUACAAACGACGACUCAGGAAAACACGGAAGAAGAUAGUGGAGAGUCUGACCAAGAUGAUGCUCCUAGAGUGAAACACAGACGGCGGCCUUCUGCAAAAGGAACUGAGUCGGUUCCUCCACCCAAGAAAGUCUUAACUAGACAUCCCCUAACAGUCCGCAUUAUGGUUUCUACCAGUGGUAAGCAGGAUUAG